AUGAUAACGUAAAUAUCAUUCAAACACCUAAAGCUCUAAACAGACGGUACACCUUCUCUCUCUACACCUUCUCUCUCGUUCUCUCUAAACAAAUGAUUUCCCCAAAUCACUAUAAUGUAAUACGUUUAAGGAGAUUACAACAAUGUAAGACACUCAUAUCCGUUAACGAUUCUUCCAAAUCCUUUAGCUUUUAUGUAAGGAGAUCAAAUUUCACCUCGUUAAAGGAAAGAAUUGAAGAAAUUCAAAGACAAAGACCAGAGACUCGGACAGAAAUUUUACCGAAUGACGCGCUAGGUGUAGUCUUCGAUCCCGAGCACCCUGGCCGUGUUCGAGGUUUAGGCAUAGGUGCAGUUCCAACUGCAGUAUUCAAGCAAACAUCAAGACGGGGUGGUUGUUCUUAUAUGGGUGCAGCUAGCACUAGUGCUCCACCUCCACAAUGGGUGCAAGA